AGUUGUUUCUCUGAGGUGAAGGCCCACAAAAAAUUUAAGGUCACUUUCUGAAGUCCGUCUCAGUUCUGCCCGGAGCAAGAUCCAUACAGACUUUAGUUUGAAGGUGGCUACUGGCCGCAAUCUCUCUUCCGGAACGAAAUCCGCGCGGACAGGCUGUUUCCGGGGGGUUGCUCGAGACUGGUGCCCUGUUGCGCCCCGCCCCUCGCACGGCCACGUCCUACCGGAGUCGCAGGGCUGGGCCGCCGAUGGCUGGAAGCCUGCCUCGCAGCUGGUGUCAGUACCGGCUUGGGAAACGCAGGGGGUCCCUCUGCACCUCAUGGGAUGCGGUCGGCCCUGAGAGCGUGUGCUACUGCUGCUUGGGUCAGCUUGUUUGAAGCCUGCUCCUUUUGCAGUUGAUGACGAACGAAUCAUGAUAUUACUUGGUUUGACUUCAAGCCAUUUGUGAGACAUUAAGCCCUGAAAAUGGAAAACAGAGUAGGAUCCUUCUUAGAAGCUCUGUGCUGUUGCUGAUGGCAGAAACCAAACCUAAUCCAGAGUCACUUCUAGCUCCUCAGAGUCUUUUUAGUCUGGGCUGCCUUGACCAUGGAUGGUGCAUCAGCUAAACAGGAUGGCGUUUGGGAAGACAAGUCCAGCAGUGAUAUUUCUUCUUGCCCUGAAGCCUCACUGGAGACAUUGGGCUCACUGACACUACCGUCUGACCAACCAAACAGAGCUCAAUAUGCCAGUGUUGAGGUAAACAACAGAGUUUUUAGGGAAGGAGGAAGCCCAGAUAGAUCCAGCCAGGAGGCCCUCUGUCAGAACGGGCAGUUCCCAGACCCUCCGUUGUCUCUUGAUCCCACAGCAAGCCCAGUGGGACCUGAUGCCUCUGCAGGUGUGGAUGGUUUCCAUGACAACCUAAGGAAGUCUCAGGGAACUAGUGCUGAGGGCAGUGUUAGAAAAGAAGCUUUGCAGUCUCUCAGACUCAGUCUUCCCAUGCAAGAAACGCAACUGUGCUCCACUGCCUCUUCAUUGCCCUUGGAAAAGGAGGAGCAGGUCCGACUGCAGGCCCGGAAGCGCCUGGAAGAACAACUGAUACAAUACCGAGUAAAGCGCCAGCGGGAGAGGUCCAGUCAACCGACAACAAAAAUGAAACUUUUUAGUACACUUGAUCCUGAGCUCAUGUUAAAUCCAGAAAACUUGCCAAGAGCCAGUACUGUAGCUGUGACAAAAGAGUAUUCCUUCCUGCGUACCAGUGUUCCUCGAGGGCCCAAGGUAGGCAGCUUAGGGCUGCUGGCACAUUCUAAGGAGAAAAAGAGUUCCAAGUCAAGCAAGAUUCGGUCUCUGGCUGACUAUAGAACUGAAGAUUUAAGUAACUCUGGAGGCCUUGGUUCCACUGCUGAUGCUGUUGGAGGUUCCCUGAAACAGAGUAGAAGCAGCACGUCAGUUGUAUCUGAGGUUAGCCCAUCAUCUGAGACUGAUAACCGUGUAGAGAGUGCCUCACUGACUGGGGAUAGUGUGUCGGAGGCUGAUGGAAAUGAAAGUGACAGUUCCUCACACAGCAGCUUCUCUGCAAGAGGGGCCUGUGGUGCCCUGGUUAAUGUGGGCACACCAGGAACAGCUUAUAUGGUUGAUGGCCAGGAGAUUUCUGCUGAGGCUAUGGGCCAGUUUCCUUCAAUUAAAGAUGUACUACAGGCUGCAGCAACCCAGCACCAGGAUCAGAACCAAGAAGUCAACGGGGAGGUGCAGAGCCGCAGAGACAGCAUCUGCAGCAGUGUGUCCAUGGAGAGCUCUCUUGCUGAAACACAGGAUGAAAUGUUGCAGGUUCUUAAAGAAAAAAUGAGACUUGAAGGACAACUGGAGGCUUUGUCAUUAGAAGCCAGUCAGGCACUUCAAGAGAAAGCUGAGCUACAGGCCCAGCUUGCUGCCCUGAGCACAAGGCUGCAGGCACAGGUGGAACACAGCCACAGCAGCCAGCAGAAGCAGGACUCCCUUAGUUCUGAAGUGGACACUUUGAAGCAAUCAUGCUGGGAUCUAGAGAGGGCCAUGACUGACCUGCAGAACAUGCUAGAAGCUAAAAAUGCUAGCCUGGCAUCCUCAAACAAUGACCUGCAAGUGGCCGAGGAGCAGUAUCAGAGACUGAUGGCCAAAGUAGAGGACAUGCAGAGAAACAUCCUCAGCAAGGACAACACAGUGCAUGACCUUCGGCAGCAGAUGGCAGCCCUACAGAGUCAGCUCCACCAAGUACAGCUGGAGCGCACAACACUGACCAGCAAGCUACAAGCAUCACAGACUGAAAUCACAUCUCUGCAGCAUGCCCGGCAGUGGUACCAACAGCAGCUUGCGUUGGCCCAGGAGGCCAGGGUCAGGCUGCAGGGAGAGGUGGCCCACAUCCAGGUUGGACAGAUGACCCAAGCAGGCCUUUUGGAGCACCUGAAGCUUGAGAAUGUGUCCCUGUCCCAUCAGCUGACAGAAACUCAGCAUAGAUCCAUCAAGGAAAAAGAGCGAAUAGCUGUUCAGCUCCAGAGCAUUGAGGCUGACAUGUUGGAUCAGGAGGCAGCAUUUAUACAGAUUCAGGAGGCAAAGACAAUGGUGGAGGAGGACCUCCAAAGGAGGCUGGAAGAAUUUGAAGGUGAACGGGAGCAGUUACAGAAAGUGGCAGAUGCAGCAGCAUCCCUGGAGCAACAAUUGGAACAGGUGAAGUUGACAUUGUUCCAGCGAGACCAGCAGCUUGCAGCACUUCAGCAGGAGCACCUAGAUGUGAUAAAGCAGCUCACCUCCACACAGGAGGCUCUACAGUCCAAGGGGCAGUCUCUUGAUGACCUGCAUACACGUUAUGAUGAGCUACAAGCAAAGCUGGAGGAGCUGCAGAGAGAGGCUGACUCCAGGGAGGACACAAUUCACUUCCUGCAGAAUGAGAAGAUUGUUUUGGAAGUGGCUCUACACUCGGCCAGGAAUGACAAGGAGGAACUUGACAGAGGAGCACAGCGUUUGGAAGAAGAUACUGAGGAGACAUCAGGACUAUUGGAACAACUGAGACAAGAAUUGACUGUCAAGUCCAACCAGGUGGAGCACUUGCAGCAAGAGACAGCCUCAUUGAGAAAACAGGUGCAGAAAGUAAAGGAGCAGUUUCUUCAGCAAAAGGUAAUGGUAGAGGCCUACCGGCGAGAUGCUACUUCCAAAGACCAACUCAUUAGUGAGCUGAAAGCCACAAAAAAACGGCUGGACUCAGAGAUGAAGGAACUGAGGCAGGAGCUAAUGAAGGUGCAUGGAGAGAAGAAGACUAUGGAAAUAGAACACUCACGACUGCAGAGGGAGAUGUCCCUGGUUCACCAGCAGAUGGCAGAUCUUGAGGGGCAUCUUCAGUCAGUGCAGAAAGAACGAGAUGAAAUGGAGACUCACCUGCAGUCUUUGCAGUUUGACAAAGAGCAGAUGGUAGCUCUUACUGAGGCCAACGAGACACUAAAGAAACAAAUAGAAGAGCUGCAGCAAGAGGCCAAGAAGGCCAUCACAGAACAGAAGCAGAAGAUGAAGCGACUGGGCUCGGAUCUGACCAGUGCCCAGAAGGAGAUGAAGACCAAGCACAAAGCUUAUGAGAACGCUGUGAGCAUUCUUAGCCGCCGCCUGCAGGAGGCCCUGGCUACCAAGGAGGCCACAGAUGCAGAGCUUAGCCAGCUCAGAGCUCAGAGCACUGGUGGCAGCAGUGACCCUGUUCUACAUGAGAAGAUUCGGGCUCUGGAGGUGGAACUGCAGAAUGUUGGCCAAAGCAAGAUAUUGUUGGAGAAGGAGUUACAGGAGGUGAUCACAAUGACUAGCCAGGAACUGGAAGAGUCCCGGGAGAAGGUGCUGGAGCUGGAAGAUGAGCUUCAAGAAUCCAGAGGCUUCAGAAGGAAGAUAAAACGUCUUGAAGAGUCAAAUAAGAAACUGGCUUUGGAGUUAGAACAUGAGCGAGGGAAGCUCACUGGCCUCGGACAGUCUAAUGCAGCUUUGCGGGAGCACAACAGUAUACUAGAGACUGCACUAGCCAAGAGGGAAGCUGACCUGGUGCAGCUGAAUCUCCAGGUGCAGGCAGUUUUACAGCGCAAAGAGGAGGAGGAUCGCCAGAUGAAGCAACUGGUCCAAGCCUUACAAGCCUCAUUAGAGAAAGAAAAGAUGAAAGUAAACAGCAUGAAGGAACAGAUGGCUGCUGUCAGGGCAGAAGCUGGACACAACCGCCGCCACUUUAAGGCAGCUACAUUGGAGCUGAGUGAGGUGAAGAAGGAACUGCAGGCAAAGGAACACCUGGUACAGACACUGCAGGCCGAGGCGGAUGAGCUUCAGAUUCGAGAGGGAAAACAUUCUCAAGAAAUAGCACAAUUCCAGACUGAGCUGGCAGAAGCUAGAACCCAGCUCCAGCUCCUACAGAAGCAGCUGGAUGAGCAGAUGAGCCAGCAGCCCACAGGGAGCCAAGAGAUGGAAAAUCUCAAAUGGGAAUUAGAUCAGAAAGAACGAGAAAUUCAGUCCCUGAAGCAGCAGCUUGACUUGACAGAACAACAUGGCAAGAAAGAACUAGAGAGUACACAACAGACAUUGCAGACUAUCAAGUCUGAGUUGGAAAUGGUACAGGAAGAUCUGUCUGAGACCCAGAAGGAUAAGUUUAUGCUUCAAGCAAAAGUGUCUGAACUGAAGAACAACAUGAAAACUCUGCUGCAGCAGAACCAACAGCUCAAGCUGGAUCUCCGCCGUGGUGCAACCAAGAAGAAAGAGCCAAAAGGUGAGUCCAACUCCUCCAGCCCUGCAACACCCAUCAAGAUACCAGACUGUCCUGUCCCAGCCUCAUUGCUAGAGGAGCUGCUGAGGCCUCCACCUGCUGUGAGCAAGGAACCCCUCAAGAAUCUCAACAGCUGUUUGCAGCAGCUCAAGCAGGAAAUGGACAGUCUGCAGCGCCAGAUGGAGGAGCAUACCAUCACUGUGCAUGAGUCCCUGUCCUCAUGGGCUCAGGUGGAAGCUGCCUCUGCAGAGCAUGCCCACCCCAGGGGAGACACAAAACCACAUAGUCAAAACAAUGUUCCCAGAGAGGGGCUGGGCCAAUGACUACUGUUGUCUUCAUCACCAAGUAUUUGUGACUACUGAAGGAAUAUUCUUUUGUUAAUAUUAUUUAUUUGAUUGUGUGCUUCUGGUUGUUUUUUGUUUUUGGAGAGGUGAGAUUUAAAUUUCCCUUUACCUUUUAUUGAGGAUUAAAAUAAUUGAAUGAGGCAAGGAUUAAAGAAAUAGUCAUUUUAAACAACUAACUUUUCCCAUGAAAUAACCAAAUCUUAAAAACAUCAGAGUUUGGAUCACUGGUGAAAUCUCAAUGUCUGAACAGUUUCUUGCAGAAGGAAGGAUCUUAUGUGUGGCUGUAGACAGACUUAAGGGUGUUGCCAGGAACCUGUUCCUAUCAGGCACUACGGAGUAGGCGCAGUAGGCAUCAGCACCUAGAAGUCUUUACUGUUCUACUCAUUAAGACCUUUACUUUCCUACAGAAAUGAACUUUUAUUUGCACCUUUUGUUUUUAUUCCAUUUGUUUUUCAAACUAUUCUACCUAUAUAGAAUGUAUAUGUAAAUAUUGAAAGUCUUUAAAAAAACUAUAUACCUAUAUUAUUUAAAGACCUAAUUGUCUUACUGAUUGCCUUUUGAAUAUUGAGAAACAGUGUACAUGUAGCUUUAGGGAUGUUAGUAAAAAAAUGUAUUUUAAGAAAUAUAAUUUAUUUUCUAUGCAUCCUAAAACCAAAUACUCUCGCACAGAAAGAGUUGUUUUAGUCAUUUUAUUUCUGAGGGUCUUUUCUACCAGCAUCUCCAUGAAUUCUUAACAUUGACCUCUCAGGUCUGUGGCCUUAUGUGGUUCUACUCACUUUGGAUUAAGAACAUGCAGGGCCAGUCAGGCAUCUAGCAGGGGAUGGAAGAUCUCCAAGGUCUCCUAAUGCUGACCUGACAUUUGGAGAGCACAGGAAGAAGAAAGGAGCAGGAAAGGAGGCAGCCUUAGUCUGUGUGUGGGUUACAGGCUGUAUCCAUUGUGUCCCAAAGAUGGUAUUAAUAGGGCACUGUGAAUGUCUGUGUGGUCAUUUGGAACUACCCUGGACCUCUAUUAAACACUGGUAUUACUAGGUGUCAGAAUACCUAGGAGAAGGUGGGCAGCUGUGGUUUGAAAGACAGGAGGUCCAGAGACAGAAACUUUGUUUAAAGUUGGCGCUAAAUAUGGGAUUUAUUGCAAUCUGCUUCCUAAAUCAUAUACUAAUACUUCAUAUACUGACUAGAGGAGUUAAGUUCUUUAACCUUUAUGAAAGCCUGUGAAGAAAAUUUAAAAUGAGGUGGGUUUUGUAAUUCAUGACUGUAAUCCCAGCACUUGGGAGGUAGAAUCAGGAGGAACUUGGGAGGUAGAAUCAGGAGGAGGAUCAGUUCAAAACCAGUUUUCAGCUACAUGGCAAUUUGAGGCUUGGUUACAUGAAACCAUGAUUUAAAAAGACAAAGGUGAAACAAAAAAAUUAUCUGAAAUAUUAAGUUAGAAGGAAGAGAAAGGCCUGAAAAAGUAAGUUCUGAACAUUAGUGAUCAGCCCAGGUAGGUGUCUUUUAGUGGAUUUGUCUAUUUUGUGGAGAAUCAGUUGUUCUCUUCUAAUAUCCUAUUAGGAGAUUAACUAAUAUGGUUAAAGUAGAAGUAAUCACAAUGAUGUCUGGUGUUUGAAAAAUAUUCCCUAGCAAGUAUUGGAACUUUUACAUGUAUAUAGCAUUUGUACAGGGUUAAUCUAAAAAAAAAAAAAAAAACCAACUUGAAAACUUCAUUAUAUAUUAAUAUACCCUCUUUAUCUGUAAGUUAGAAAUUAGGAAAAGGAUGGUAAUUUACAUUCUUAUUUAUUUUGUAUUUUAAAUUUCAAAACCAAGAAAUAAUACUUGGGUUGGGCUUAUUCUGCAGCAGAGCUGCUUUCUCCUGUGUGGAGAGGUCUUCAAAUGGGUUGUGUUGCGUUGACUAAGGAAAGGAUAAGCUAAUUCUGAACUCAAGUGAAAGUUGUUUUCAUGUCUUAACAUAUUUCUUCCAUUGUUUUGCUGUCCCAUGUGCAUGUACACCCUCAGAAAUGGCACUUCCUCUAGGCUUUGUUAUCUACCUUGCAGGUCCUUGGGUCUGACACGUCUUGGCUCUAUUCCCUGUCCAUCUUUGUGCACCAAUGUGUUUUUUUUUUCUCACAUGUGUGGUUCAGAGGACUCUUAGAUUGGAGAUGCCAUCCUUUUAGGGUCCUUUAAGUCACCUUGAAGUUGAAUUUUCAAAUUUGCUGUCAAUUAAGGUAUUGUUUUAUUUGUUUGUUUAGUUGGUUGGUUUUGCUUUUUUCGUCCUAUUUCCAAGGGACUCCAUUGUACUUUUACCUCCCAGAGCUUAUUCUUGAGUAAAUACAGCUUGAAUUACUGUUGCUUGUGUAGUGAAAACUAGGAAUUUUAGGUUUUCUCAUGAAAAACUAUAGGCAACUGGAGGGUUGUUUUCUAAGGGAGGCUUACCAUUGCAUAACAUUUGUGCAUAUAUCACAUAUGCUAUAUCAUGUCCUAUAGCUGAUACCUUGGCUUGCAUGAUUUAUAAUAUUACUUAUUUCUCUUAUGUCCAAAAAAAUUGCCAUGAGAUUUCCGUUUUUUUGUUUUUUUUUUAAUUGUACAUGUCAGAUUGAGUUCAUGGUCUUAGGUUUUAUAGUGUUGUAGCAGGCAGUGAUUUUGAGAUGUGAGACUGAGUUUACUUGGGUUUGGGAUACAGGGAACAGGACCAGCCCUCUCAGAAAGUAGUCUUAGUGUUGUAUAUCAGAAAGCUUGUGUUAAAUUCUUUCUCCAUUUCAAACUGUAACUUGUCCCAGUGUUUGGAUACUGUAAAAGCCAUAGGCCUAUAGGCUCACCAUAACAUAUGUUCAUGUAUCUUGAAACAAAAAUUAACAGGUGAAGAUUAUGGGAGUGAAAGGGACCGUCAUAUUUGAAAAGAAAAAGUGUUGGAGCCUUCCAAGGACCCCAAUGUUAAGAAUAAUGCUAUGGUAUGAGAUAGACCCUAAUGAUAAAGAAUAAUGCUGUGGUGUGAGAUAUCUUGAGUCUUACCCUAACAUGCUCAGUGGUUUGGAAUUCUAGCCAAAUCUACUCUAUAGUAGUCUUAGGUUCUGACAGGAUCCUUGGGUUGAUGUCCAAUUUAGAGGGUCCAAAAUUUCAGUUUUUGAGUUUCUCAUUUCUAUAAAAAAUUUCUUCACAAGAGUCAAUCUUCAUGUUGGCUCUUUUCCAGGGAAAACUGUUGUCACAGUUAACAGACUGUAACUUUAAAGGCAUGUUGAUUUGUUUUUGUUUUGCUUUUUUUUAAAUAUAAGCGUGCUUGGGAAUUCCUUACAUUUUAUGCAAUAAACUAUUUUUGGUAAA